AUGUCCCCGGAGGAAAUACAGAAGUUGCUGCUGCCUCCGGCAACAGUGGAGGCCGACAUCUUGCACGUUAACGUCUCGGACGAUAAUCGCAAAAGAAUAAUUCGAGAAUCCGAUUGUCCCACGCUGGAAGGAGCGGAUCACCUAUCACAGACCCAACUUCUUACGAGAUUAACCCACGUCUGUCGGUACGAUCGGUUGGAGCGUCCCAAGCGAGAGUCUGUCAACGGGACCAAUGGACCGGUAAAAGUGUACGCCCGUGCCUACAUAUACUUCAUGCAAAACUUAGAAGCUCACGAUUUGCAAUUUAAAAUUCACGCCCUGCUACAGUUCCGGUACGUCGAUCCGCGAUUAGUAUUCCGGGAAGUGGCACCGAACCGAACGAAACCGAUCAUGGGCGAACAGUCGCUGCGUGAUCUGCUCUGGGUGCCGCACGUCUUCCUGGCGAACGAGCGCAGCUCCGACAUACUGGGCACGGCCGAGAAGGACAUUCUUACCUCGAUCUCACCCGACGGUACGGUGAUCGUGUCGACGCGCAUCAGUGCCACACUCUACUGCUGGAUGAAUCUGCAAAAGUUCCCGUUCGAUGAGCAACACUGCUCAACGGUGCUCGAGAGCUGGAUGUACAACGAGGACGAUUUGGUGUUGCUUUGGGAACAUAAGUCCCCCGUUACGCUAGCACCAGAGCUGCAUCUCACCGAGUACGUGCUGCUGGAGAUGUUCACCAACGAGACAGUCAUUAAUGCGGAUUUAAGCGAUCUUCGUCACGGAGCAUUCGCGGGUAACUACAGCUCGCUCAGCUUCACCGUCCAUCUGGCACGCGAAAUGGGCUUCUACAUGAUGGACUACUUCAUCCCAUCGAUCAUGUUGGUCGCGAUCUCGUGGGUAACGUUCUGGCUGCAGGCCGAUCAGUCGGCACCGCGCAUCACGCUCGGUACCAGCACUAUGCUGACGUUCAUCACGCUAGCAUCCGCCCAGGGCAAAACGCUCCCGAAGGUGAGCUACAUCAAGGCGUCGGAGAUCUGGUUCCUGGGCUGCACCGGUUUCAUCUUUGGCAGUUUGGUCGAGUUUGCGUUCGUCAACACAAUCUGGCGCCGGAAGCGCAACGUGGAGGUGAAGAAGGUUAACAGCAAGCAUGUCCUGAAGCAAGCGAUCACACCGCGCCCGGCACGGAAGGACAUGAGCGGGCUGCACAAAUCCCAUUCCUGCACCUCGUUGGCCGAUUCGGCCACUACCGUUUCGGCUAACUCCUUCAACAACUACCUUACCGUGCAUUCCAUCCCGCAGAAAAGCCCAAGCAGUGCCACGCUGCCGAUAAUUUCAACGACUGACGCUGACCGUGCAGUAACCGACGCCGUAACGAUCCAGAUCGAGGGCCAACCGAACAAUGUUAAUGGAAACGGUUGGACCACUAUGACACCACAGGAGGUAGCGAUCUGGAUCGAUAAACGAUCCCGUUUCGUCUUCCCGAUCGCGUUUGUGAUCUUUAACAUUUUCUACUGGACGUUCGUGUACUACGUUUGA